AUGCCGCGACGGCGGCCACCUCGAGAUGGUCUCGUCGUGAAUAACCUCAUCCUGUUUGCAGCGGCCUUCUUAAUUCUCCCAUGGCUCGUCGAAGCUCAGCAGCAGCAACGACCCAGCGUCCGGGAGCGACACGACGCCCCGCUCGAGAAUCUCGAACCUGAAGCCUUGCACACGCUCGAGGCCACGACAAUCCCACAACAGCUCGAGACCCCUCUCAUUGCUGGACGUCGAAAAAGCACCUACAACAAAUAUUUCAAAAACGAUGCGAGCGCCAUCGCAACUUUGGCUCCGGCGGACACCGCCGUUGCAGCACCACCCCCAAGACGGUCCAGCAGGGCAACUGCUGGGCUAGCCUCGCCGCAAUCUGCGCGGAGUCUUGAGGAUUGGGAAGUAGAAGACUUUGUGCUUCUGGCGACCGUCGACGGCAAACUAUAUGCCCGGGAUCGGAAGAGUGGUAAGGAGAAGUGGUCCUUGGAGGUGGACAAGCCCAUGGUCGAGACAACUUACCAUCGACGAAACCGAUCCGAACUCCAAGAGAACUAUGACCCGAUAACGAUCGAUGAUUACCUGUGGAUUGUCGAGCCGAGUCGAGAGGGGAGCCUCUACGUGUAUCGACCGGGUGGACCGAAUCCCGGCCUGGUCAACACCGGCCUUACCAUGAAGAAAUUGGUCGAGGAAAUGUCUCCUUACUCGGAUGAGGAUCCAGCAGUCACGUAUACUGGCGAAAAGAAGACGACCAUGAUAGUCAUUGAUGCCCAGACUGGACGAGUACUCAAGUGGUUUGGAUCGACGGGUGCCUUGGUGAACGAUGAAAACUGUCUAAAUACGAAUGGCUUUCUUGAUAAGGACAGUGAAGAGUGCAGUACCAGCUCUACAUUGACCAUUGGCCGGACAGAAUAUACCGUUGGAAUCAGCGGGGCAAAAGACGGCCGUCAAAUUGCUACCCUGAAAUUUUCGGAAUGGGUGCCCAAUAAUUACGAUCAUGACCUUCAACGCCAAUACCACACAACGCUGGACAAUAAGUACAUCUAUACUAGCCAUGAUGGUGGGGUCAUUGGGUUUGAUCUUGAUCGUACUAGCGCCAACGAACCAGGAAGGCUGUUCAAACACAAAUUCGCCUCGCCUGUUGUGCGUGUGUUUGACGUAGCCAGACCUUGGGGGUCUGAGGAUAAUGACCCGAACCUCAUUAUACUGCCCCAGCCCAUGCCUCCCGACCCAAUCGAAGAUGAAGCCUCAGCCGCUCACCGAGCGCGCAGCAUCUUUCUUAACCACACAGAAGAUGGGAGCUGGUAUGCUAUGUCAGGAAAAUUCUAUCCCUUGGCAGUCCAAGGAAUCAGACAAGCACCGUGUGAGCAGCAAGAGUGGCGGCAACGUGGUCCUUCCUGGGAUAGCCUGAAUGACCUGCAAUUAUCACAAGCUCUUGUUGGGCUGCACUCAAUUGACCAUGUGUCGAACGAGAGGCUCUUGACAAUCUCUGCGCCCUCCUCAAACGACAAUCAAAGCAACGACGCUGCCACCGAUACUGUUCCUGCACUGUUGCCAGAACCUUCUAUUCUGCAACGUAUCCAACUUCUCCCUGGGGUUGCUGCAAACAGCCUCCUCGAAUUCGUCAAGAAUCCAAUGCUAAUCAUCUUAUUGAUUGCUGUAUUAGUGUCCAAUCAGAGGCAAGUUCGCACGUGGAUUGGCCGAUUGGGGCACAAAUAUGGAAUUCGCUUUCUUGAACCACCAACAGAUUCGGGUACGGUUGACGCAACCCUACCUCCAAAAGCCUCAGAAUCCAAGACUGUCGGAGUUCCUUCUUCUGGUCGGACUUCGUUGACACCGGAAGUGAGGGUAGAGGAGGUUAAAGCGCCUAAAGCCGAAGGAGUUGCGGAGAAUGGGAACGGAGAGAUGGAUAAAUUAACGAGGGUAAAUUCUCUCGAAGUUCCUUCUCCGGAAGAUCCCACUGCAAGUCCUGGAAAGGAGAAGAGGAAGGCUCAUCGAGGCCGUCGAGGUGGCGUUAAGCACAAGAAAAACAGAGAUCGCGCUACUUCCCAGGAUGCGUCGCAAGAGCAUAAAAUCCCGGCAACUGUCGAGGAUGCUGUUCGAGAUGCUCAAAACAUGGGCGAGCAGACCAAGUUAGAGCCUGAUAUACGUACUCUAUCACAUGAUCCCUCCGAAGUCUCAGGGCCUAUCAUACGUGUUGGGUCAUUGAUAGUCAACACUGACAAGCUCAUUGGCACCGGUAGUAACGGGACAAUGGUUUUUGAGGGCAACUUCGAUGGACGCGAUGUCGCCGUCAAACGGAUGCUCAUGCAGUUCUAUGACAUUGCCUCGCAAGAGACGAAGCUCCUCAGAGAGAGCGACGAUCAUCCAAAUGUUAUUCGAUACUUUGCUCAGCAGCAGGCUGCCGGGUUUCUCUACAUCGCUUUGGAGUUGUGUCCGGCUUCCCUGGCCGAUGUCAUCGACAAGCCUUAUUUGCAUCGGGAACUCGCACAAAGUGGCGAGAAAGAUCUACCUCACGUCCUCUACCAGAUCACCAAUGGUCUUCAACAUCUGCACAGUCUCCGUAUUGUGCAUCGUGAUUUAAAACCACAGAACAUCUUGGUUACAAUGGGCAAGGAUGGCAAACCUCGUCUCCUUGUGUCUGAUUUCGGAUUAUGUAAGAAGUUGGAGGGUGAGCAAUCGUCAUUCCGAGCAACCACUGCCCAUGCAGCUGGUACAUCUGGUUGGCGUGCUCCGGAGCUUCUUCUUGAUGAUGAUGCGAGGGAUGGUCCAGCGAUGGUCGACGCGAGUACCAAUGGCGACUCGUCCGGAGCUCUGGUCAGCUCUGACCUGAUGCCCAACCGACGAGCUACCCGAGCCAUCGACAUCUUUUCACUAGGUCUCGUCUUCUUUUAUGUCCUAACAAAAGGCUCUCACCCGUUCGACUGCGGCGAUCGCUACAUGCGUGAAGUCAACAUUCGUAAAGGCAACUACAGCCUUAAAAACCUUGAAGUUCUCGGUGACUUCGCCUUCGAAGCCAAGGAUCUCAUUGGCUCAAUGUUAGCACCAGAACCUAGACGGCGGCCAACUGCACGCCAGGUCAUGGCACACCCCUUCUUCUGGUCCGCCAAGAAACGUCUCAAUUUUCUCUGCGACGUCUCCGACCACUUCGAAAAGGAGGUUCGCGAUCCGCCAUCACCUGCCCUCAGAGAACUCGAACGCUGGGCUCCUGAGAUAUGCCGCGGCGAUUUUCUCAAACCGCUCGGCAAAGAAUUCGUCGAAUCAAUGGGCAAGCAGCGCAAAUAUACCGGGACGAGGUUAUUGGACUUAUUGCGGGCGCUGCGAAAUAAGAGAAAUCAUUAUGAGGAUAUGAGUGACAAACUAAAAAAGGAUGUGGGACCGCUGCCGGAUGGGUAUCUCAACUUUUGGACCAGGAGGUUUCCGAAUCUACUUAUUACAUGUUGGAAUGUGGUUUACGAUGUACAGUGGGACGAGACGGAUAGGUUCAGGGAGUAUUAUUUACCGGCUGGUCUGUAG